AUGUUUCGUCAAUUGGCUAGAAGAGUUGUGGCUCCAUCCGCCAGAUUCACUCCAGCUCCUCUUAUGAGAUCAUCCCUCAGAAACUCCAGUAUAAUCGCUGUCCACAGAGACAUCAAGGAAGAUAACCCAAACAUUCCAUUCGAGUUCAACUCUGAAAACAAGAAGAGAGCCGAUGAAAUUAUCGCCAAACAGUUGGGUUUCACCUCCAUUUCGGUCAUGAACUAUGUUGCCAAGAUGUUAGACAUGCCUCCUAUGAGAGUUUAUGAAGUUGCCACUUUCUAUACCAUGUACAUGAGACAGCCUAUGGGUAAGCACAACAUCCAGGUCUGUACCACCACUCCUUGUCAGUUGUGCGGCUCUGACGAUAUCAUGAAGGCUAUCAAGGACUAUCUUAAAAUCAAGCCUGGCCAGACUACCCCAGACAAGAUGUUCACUUUCCAGGAAGUCGAAUGUUUGGGUGCCUGUGUGAACGCUCCUAUGAUGGCUGUUGACGACGACUACCACGAGGACUUGACCCCAGAGAAGACCGUGGCCAUCUUGAAGACUUUGCAAGAAGGUAAGCCAUUGGAAAAGGCUGGUCCUGUGUCGGGCAGACUCUCCUGUGAGCCAUUCAGCGGUAGAAAGGUGUUGAACUCGCCUGAACCAAACGACGUCCGUAAGUUUACCAGAGCCGAUUUGUAA